AUGUCCUUCCUGGGUGGUCAGAGGAACCCGAGCGGCAAGAGCAAGAGUCGCCCACAAAUGGCGCCCAACCCGGCUGGACCACCGGAGGCGGGGGAAGACGAUCCCCUGUGGGGGGAGGCGGCGAGUGCCCCCCACGCCAGUAAAGUCUUGGCUAAAGGGACCCACCUGGAGGGCGGGGCUGAGGAGGCUGCAGGGGCAUCUGCAGACCAGCAGGGCAAGCUGUCUGCCAAAGAGAGGGAGGACGAGCUCGCCUCGGUAGAAGAGCAGGAAAGACAAGCAGAGGAAAAGAGGAGACGGGAAGAGGAAGAGAGGAGAAGACAUGAAGAGAAAGCGAGAAAGAUGGAAGAGGAGAGGAUGAGAAAGGAAGAAGAACUGGAACGACUCACAGAAGAAAAGAGGAGGCUGGUGGAAGAAGAGAGAAAAAGGAAUGAAAAAAACAUGAAAGAGGAGGAGGAAGAGAGCGUGAGGAGGAAAAAGGAGCUAGAACGGUUAACCAUGGAGAAGAGAAGACUGGUGGAGGAAGAGAAAGAAAGAAAGAAGGAAGAGGAGAGGAUGAGACAACAAGAAGAAGUAGAAGAAGAUGAAUCAGAGGAUGAUGACGAUUAAGAUAAAUAAGAGAGAGACAAAAAAAAUAUGAA